AGAGGUAUUUGCAUGUAACGAUUAUUCUUAUAUUGCAGGAGGAUCUGCUAAUCCACGGCGACAGUGUCUACGAUAUCAUCGAGAAGCAAGACCACCAGGCCAUACAGACGGAGCUGAUGCGCAGCUCCAAUCCGCUGAACCUCAUGAACGAUAGUCGAAUGUUCCUUUGUCGGAUGAACGUUUCCCGGAACGCCAGAAGGCAAAUGAGGUUCGGCGAUCAGAAGGUUGUGCUGGUAGAGGGUCAUUUUGUGAGCUUCCUCCCUCUAUGUAGUCGUAACGAACCCGUGUUUCUAGCCACUUGCACCCCAGUUGCCAUGCCCGAAACUAGGGAAUGCGUCGUCCAGGGCAGCACAAGUGUCUUCACAACCAUCCAUUCCAUGGAUAUGAAGUUCCUACACAUAGACAGAAUAGGUGAGUUUCACUUGGGCUACAGCAAGUCAAGUCUUCAGGGAAUCUCUUGGUACGAACUUGUCCACUGGGAGCAUCUCAGGGAAGCCCAAUCCAAACACAGACUAAUUACGCAGUCAGAACAAGAACGGUCCUGCAUCAUCUUGCUUCGACUCCAGGACAGUUCCGGGAGGUGGUUGUGGGUGCACGUGGUUCUACAGAUCAAAGACGGUACCGACACCACUCAGCAAUCAGUGAUAGUCUGCACCAACCAAAUACUCAGUGAGAAAGAAGCAGCUGUGAUGCGUGCCAACAGCUGGCUGUACCAGUACUAUUCACUUCAUUCCAAAAUGCACUAUGGCCUAGCAUACGAGGCACAUCCAUCCCGACUGCCAACGUAUUACUCAGCUAUGAUGCCUUAUCAUCCAUCGCCAACAGAAGCCGCAGUACCCCAUUCACCUUACCAUCUACAUCCUCCUCCUCUCAAUGGAGGAACAGCACAAACUCAGCCUCCCCCACCACCAACGGUUUUACAAUAUGGUGGUGUACCAUAUACCAGUUUACCAUCAGAGCCAGAGCAGGCCAGAUGGCCAACUGGAGUGAAAAGGUCAGCAUCGCCCGCUUUAAGUAGUCCUAGCAAAUCACCGCCACGAGCAGCUUCAUCUUCGUCUUCGACAUCUGGUAUCUUGAUCCGGAAUUCUAGUGGAUAUACGGCAGCCGGUGCUGAAGUUGUCGUCCCUCCAUCCGCUUACUACGGAAGCACGCAAGUAUUUGCAACAGUUUCUUACCCACACCUCGUUUCCUUAAGAAGUCAGAAACAAGUAGACGAUGAAUCCGUGGAACAGUCACUAACCCCAGCCAACACGGAGGACGUUUCAGCUAUGAUUUCAUUGGCCAAUCGGCCAUCUUCCUACAUACCCAUCGCAUCCGUGUUGUCAGAAAGUAACCGAGUCCUUUCUGAUAGUUGUACAGAUGAUCUCAUUCGGAGACAGGAUGACACAGGGUCUCGAAGUCAUCUUUUCUGUUCAUCUCCAAGGUCAGCUUCAAAUCGAUUUGAUCUGCCUUACGUUCGAUAUGGGAAUCCUUAUCCGUUAGUAGAUCUCGAUCACAGGAGAAGAUUCUCUAAGUGGGAUAAGGACAUUCGACAAAGUUUCUGGGGAAGUCCAGAGCCACAUCCACACCUAGGACCUAUUCAAGGUGAUUGUUUCCCUUACUCUGAUGGUGGGUGCACAAAAUCUCCUUUCAUGGAGACAGGUCCUAUGUAUCAAGAUCUGAGCCAAGAGCAGAGUUUCAGGGCUCGGUUCCUUGGUUACGACCUACCCAGGAGAGAGGACAUACUCAGGCUCUCCUCCGACAGCCAUCAUAGUAGCAGUGUUGAAAGUCAACAAGAAGUAUAUGGUAACGGCCAUGCUGGUGUUAGGCCUUGUCUAGUCAGACCAAGCAAUAGCCCUUCUCCACAUAGCAGAGCAAGUUCCGAUUGCUGACGCAAUCUACAGACUCUUCAAUGAUCCUGUCUUGAAGGAGUUACGAAGUAUGGCAUAUUGCCAGAAAAUUUUAUAUUGGACCCAGUUCCUGAGAUUCUAACCCAGCUGCUACCUCAUCACCCUGCUUCCUUGGACAUCAGAAUAUUACGCCGUUACUUUUCCAUCUCCACCUCGCAUCUCUCAUAUAAUGACAACAGCAAUUGAAGAGCUGCAAAUAUUUCAUUCGUUCUUAUAGUAUUGUUUUAGAAUAUGCCUCUCUCCCUGGGAACUCGCAGUAUGCAAACUAUGUGAUUGAACGAAAUAGAUUUGGAUGUUUAUUUAUAAUAUGUGAAAAAUCACAAGCAAGAGACACUGCGAUGUUGAAAAUUUUACCUCAUUUAAAGAGAGAAAUUCAAUUUAAUCAGUUAAUUUUAUGCCUUGAGUAAAAGUGUUAAUCGUUUAUUUCUGUCCUAUUCAGUUUCAAAAAAUUACUUCGAUUCAGUAUUAUUAUUUAAGAUUUUUAGUUGACACUUAUGUAAAUCUUCUUAUACCUCGUUUCCAUCUGGUAAAUAAGAUGUCAUCUAAUUGAAAAUUUUAAUAAUUUUCCAUUGCUUCCAAACACCAUCUUAUUAUAAAUUAUUUGAAAAUAUAAUACUAAGAAUGCACCUUUGAAUUCCUCUGACAUACACAAAGCCUGCAAGACAGUAACAGUUUGUUCUGAUCUUGAUAUUUACGAUUAUAUCGUGACUUUUAAAGCAUAUAAAAUAUACAGUGUCUAUAAAAUUCUGGAACUGAAUUCUUUCUACGAAGCUUAGCAAAGUUAUUUAAUGCUAAUCAGUGUCACUGAUUACCAACACAUUUUAAUUUGUUUUAUGCAAAACACAGUUUUUUUACGAAAAAAUAUUUAAGUGGGAUUUUUUUCCCCCAGUUGAUAUACAGGGUUAUUGAAAAAAAUGAAUCAGUUUCGUGGAGCUAUAUUUUAUUAAGAACUUAAAACUUUUAACAAGGUAAAAAAUUGAUAAUAAAGUUUUCUUUCUUAUUCUAUAAAUAUUCAAACACGUUGAAGUACCGCAAGUUUACGGCUAGCUGGAGCUGUGGAUAGCCAUGGGCUCCGCUGAAAUGCUUUCUGGAUUUUUUCCAAUAUUUUAGAUUUACAGCCAUCCGAGGCUCGUCCCUUUACAUAAAUAUCCACAGUGUCGAAGUUGUGGAGACCUCUCCGAAUGUUCACCAAUUCGAGAACACAGAACAACACCUUUUGCUGACGAGUAGCAAUUCAGAACGUAAAAGAAGGUCAAUAGACAGACAAGGUUCCUUCCAAAAUUGGAAUUCAGUCCUGUCACUUUUCUUAUGAAAGUGGAUGAAACCAGCGUUACUAUACUACAAGGUUUGCCUUUCCCAGCCGAAAAUCUUUGAGCAUGUGACGUUGCUGGCUCAUAGUCUGCUCCAAAACAAUUACUCCUUUUGUGUCUUUAUUACUGCAAAUUCAAGCGUUGAGAAUACCAUAAACUUUUUUUGUCUACUGACCUUGAGAGCAACGAAGACACAGCUCUGAAUCAGAUAAUAACGUCAUACAAAGCCAGUAACUCAAAGAUUUCUUUGUCGGGAAGAGCAAACCUUGUAGUAAAGUAACCUUGACGUUAAGAAGCAAUUUAAAGAGGGGAUGACACAUCUAAAACGACUUGCUAGAAAUAAUCCAAAACUUAGAAAUCUACUCUUUUAAAUGGUCAGGGUCUCAUUCCAAUGAAGAUACUUGAAGAUUAUAAAAGUUGGACUUCAAAACUGAUUCAUUCGUUAUAAAUAACCUUAUAUACUAUCUUAAGCUCAAAAACUGAGCAGCAAUAGUUCUGUGUGCAGUCAGCUGUAUUCUACCAGCCUACUGCAAUAAAAUUCAAAACUGUUCUUAAUCAUCCUCUUUGAAGUAACUCAUAGACUGGACAUCUGCAAGUUUUUAUCUGGAAGGCAGAAUUAAAGAGUGGGCCAACAAGUGACGCAUUUACUUCCUUGAAGACAUACAGAAGCUCUACGAAAGUAAUAUGAGACGGGUAUAAUUAGGAGGAAUGUGCAUAGGAAGAUAAAUUUUGAUAAAGUUUUAUUUUCUUCCCAAACAUUAAUUUGUUACGAAUUCAGUUCCAAAAUCUUGUACACACGCUGCACAUCCAUCACACUAAGUGACUGCCUGUAUUCAGUACAAAAUGUUAUUCUGUUUUUGUUUUGUAAUGUUGUUUUACAAUUGCAAAUUUUCAUUGUUCAGCGAAAGUUAAGAAUGUUCCUUAUGAAGCUCAUUAUGGUAAUAAAAGUUUAUGCAAGUCGGCCACUGUUCGCAAAGGAAGAAACUUUCAUAAGUGUGCCCUGGCACAAAUGUGGCAACACCCUUUGCAGAUCAGUUUCUAAUUCGAGGAAAGAACUUCAUGAAUGUGCUGGCAUCUUUAUGCCAAGGCAGCAUUAUAAAAGUAGCAUUUUAAUUUGUUAUUCUCAUUAGCAAAACAAAGGAGUAUUCUACUUGUAUAGUAAUGGCUAAGUGUAAAGAUGAACGCACUGUUACGAAGUUGCAUGUUUGGAGUUAGAAACGUAUUUACAUAAGGAUACGAGCAUCUUUAUGCACGAGCGCCUUUAUGAAGCUUUUUGUUUUUCGAUCGGUGGCUGAAUUGCAUAAAAAAUGUAUAGGCACCUUUCAGACGCUGAUAUGAAAAAGUGUCCCGAGGUACUUAACGUAUUAGUGCAACUACAUUGGUGCAGUUUUGAUGAUUUUUUUUAAGAAAGAAUAAGAAUGACGUUUUAUAAAACCAUUUAUUGCAUAUAUACGCAUUUUACAUUUUAAUUAGGUAUUUAUCUCCCAAAAAAUUUAUCACAAUUUAUAACUUCCAAGUGAGUCUUUAGUUAUUUAGUUCAAGUGGAAAUUGCGCGGCGAUAAUUUAAAAAAUAGAUUCAAAACAAUUGUUCCGUUAAGUGAUUUCGCUGCUAAAUGAUCUAUUCCUCUAGAAUUUUACAGCAAUUUCUCCAUUGCAGGCAAAUUCCAUAAUCUCACACUUUAAAAUUAUAACAAAGAUAUAAUUUGUUUACAAAAGCCGUUGUUACUUAGAAUACAACAAAAAGAACGCAUACGAAAACGACAGCGUUACUUGUUAAAAACUAAAGAAUUGUUGUCCUCAUAGUUACCAGAGUUUGGCCCAUUCCUGAAAAUUUACGACUUCCACUAAGGUAACUGCGCUAAUACAUAAGUACCUGUCCUGAUUUAUGGUACCUUCUAACGAAAUAUGUUUCUCUUUCAUACAAGAAGGGAGAAAUUAUUAUAUCCUUGAUUUGUGUAUGACACAGUACACAAUGUGCUUAGGUAUAAAUAUAUACGCUUUAAAAGUUACAGCAACUUCUUCUGAUCACCUCUUUUAACUAAUAGAACACAUAGGCUUCGUUAAGAGACAAGGGCAAUGCGGUCAUAAGCGAUAUAAACCAAGCUUUGUUGCUAGAAAACCAAAUCUUGCUAUGUUAUAAAAACUGGCUUAAGGAUUUUGUUUAAAUGUUCUCCAAUGUUUAAAUGUAACAUUUCGACUUUAUUCCAACUUCGAAUAAGAACUGAUCAAUCACAGCGAAAGCAAACAUGAAGUGUCAUUCCUUCCACGGUUUCGCUUGUGUUAGCUGCACUUUACCUACGGACAACUUCACAUUUCCUGAUUGGCUGCGGCUUAAACUCUAUUACACAGAGGCGAACGGACUCAAUGAAUUUAAUUUAAUGCCUCAAACCGCAGAGACCUAUGACCACAAAACUCUUGUCUUAAUGUGCAACAUGCGUCGGCAAUAAUAAUUACAAAACAAUGUUUAAAAAACAAUGAUCUUUAUAUUGAAGAAUAGAAUUAAUUGUUUUUUGCACAUUAAAUUCUCUAAUUUGAAAUUCAUGACAGGUUAAAAAAAUGAUAAUACAAAAUGCUUAAUAAAAAGUAUUAGACAUUUAUGAAAAAAGAUAAAAUUCAUGCUCUAAAAAUUUUUAAUAUCAAAGCAAUGUUAUUACUCCCUAUAAGUAAACAAAAAUUCAUCAUUCUUAUCGUAAAAAAUUAAAAUUAAUAAAUUAUAAAUUCCGUAGUUUUCUCCUAGCAGGAAGAACCAAAUCAGUUGAAUGUAUUUACAAAAUGCAUGAGAGCAAGUUUAAAUCUUAAAAAGGUAUAGUAUUUUUGAUGUAUUGUUACAUUUAUUUAUAAGUAAAUUUUAUUUGACGAGGAAAUUAUGAAAAGCCAUAUAAACCAGGGUUGCUCUGAGGUACACACGUGAUGGGGCAAACCGGUUGGUGCUGGGCUAAGCAAUAAAACAGACAAACUUUGUUCCCGGCGCCUUUUAUGGUAGUUACUGUACAAGAGAGUAGCGUAUCAUUGUCUCCAUGUAAAUCAGCAUGUCGUUUUCGAUUGUUUUUAUAAUAUUAUGCAGAUGUCAGUGAUGCUUAUGUACAAAAUUAAAUUAAUUUUUCAUUCACA